AUGUCCACAAACAGCCCCAACACGUCGACGCUUACGAUCUCGCCGCUCAUAACCAAUAAACGGUCCAAGGACUACUUCCAGACACCACCCAACCUGCUUGGCCAGACCGUCAACCCGCAGCAGAACGCCCAUCACCGGGUAUUUUCGUCCCCCAACGUGUCCAAGUCCGUCAACAGCAAGCUCAGCACGCUGACCAGCAAGGAUGACGACGAGGAGACGCCGCUCACACAGGCCGAUAAGCUGCGGCUGUGGCGCCACGACGCCCUGAUGCAGCACCAUUACAACACAGCCAUCUACAUCGGGGACAAGGUGCUGUCGCUGACGGGCGACCCCAACGACGCCUUCUGGCUCGCCCAGGUGCAUUUUGCCAACGGAAACUACCAGAUCGCACGCAAUUUGCUGUCCGGCCCGCAUUUUGAGGAGUCUGUGAGCUGCAGAUACCUCGCGGGCCUGUGUCUGGUCAAGCUCGAAAAAUACGACGAGGCGCUGGACGUCAUAGGCGAGGUCAACCCGUUCAAGACAGACCACUCGGUGAAGAACCCGGACGGCGGCGUGAAGCUGGAGGCGUCGAUGUGCUAUUUGCGCGGGCUCGCGUACAGCAAGCAGAACAAUUUCGAUAGGGCCAAAGAGUGCUACAAAGAGGCGGUCUUGGUGGACGUGAAGUGUUUUGAGGCGUUCAACGAGCUCAUAAGCAACCAUCUGAUGUCGCCCGACGAGGAGUGGGAGCUCCUGAGCGAGCUGAAUUUCGACGACGCAGACAACAACAACGAGCUCGUGAAGCUGCUCUACACUACGCGGCUCAACAAGUACAAGAACGUCGCCACCUUCGAGGAGGCGGAGCAGCGGCUCAAGGAGGAGUACAGUCUGGGCGAGAAUCUGGAUAUUCUGCUCAGCCGUGCCGACCUGCUGUUCAUUCAGUGCAAGUUCCAGCAGUGUCUCGACCUGUGCGAGCAGAUCAUCAAACACGACGAGCUCAACCUCUCUGUGCUGCCUAAUUAUCUCAGCUGUCUGCACGAGCUUGGAGGAAAAAACAGACUGUUCCUGAUGGCCCACAAGCUGGCGGAAAACUACCCCAAUCACCAUAUCACAUGGCUGGCCAUUGGUAUCUACUACUUUUCGAUCAAGAAGACCAAUGAGGCGCGAGUCUUCUUUUCCAAAGCCUCGAUGAUCAACCCGAACUUUGGGCCGGCGUGGAUCGGCUUUUCGCACACGUUUGCUGCAGAGGGAGAGCACGAACAGGCGAUCAGCGCCUACGCCACCGCGUCGCGUCUGUUCCCGGGCAUCCACCUUCCAAACUUGUUUCUGGGCAUGCAAUAUUUGCAGAUGAACAACCUCACGCUUUCGCAAGAAUACCUCAUGUCGGCGUACUCGAUCUGCCCGACGGACCCGCUGCUGCUCAACGAGCUCGGCGUGCUGCACUACCGGCGCGUGCAGCUGGCCAAGGCCGAGACUUUCUUCCAAAAAGCGCUCGCGGCUGCCAGCACGCUGGACUCGAACGCCAAGGCAUGGUCGUCGAUCCACUGCAACCUUGGUCACGUGUACAGACGGCUGAACAUGCUGGACAAGUCACUCAGCCAUUUCAACAAGGUGCUGCGCAUUUCGCGCAAGGAUGUCAACAUCUACUCUGCGAUUGGGCUGCUGUAUCUCAAGAUGGGCAAGAUCGCCAAGGCGAUCGAGACGCUGCACGUGGCGCUGUCGAUCCAGCCCAACGACCCUAUCGCGCUGGAUUUGCUGAACAAGGCGCUCGAAAGCAAUCUGCACAUCAACAACAAACAGCUGCUGGACGAGCCGCUGCCGCAGAGAUCUGCGUUCCAGACCCCGAUCAACAAGCCGAGCAGAAACCUCAAGUUCAUUGGCGAGGACAACAAGAGAGACCUGGACAUGAUCGCUGAGGACCUGAAGCAGGGCGAGGACUCGAGCGACGACGACGACGCGGUGAUGGAGAUAGAAAGUGAAUGA